AUGGGGAAUUGCUGUGCUACUCCGGCUACUCCUUCAGGGAAGCAGCACAAGGGGAAGAACAAGAAGCAGAACCCAUUUGCAGCUGAUUAUGUAGUGAGCAAUGGCAAUGGUGGUGGGAACUGGGUGUUGAAAGAUCCAACGGGCCGAGACAUUUCUGCCUUGUAUGAUCUGGGAAGCGAGCUUGGAAGAGGUGAAUUUGGAGUAACGUAUUUGUGUACCGAUAGAAACACUGGAGAGAAACUUGCUUGUAAAUCGAUAUCGAAAAAGAAGCUGAGGACUGCUGUGGAUAUUGACGAUGUGAGGAGAGAAGUUGAAAUUAUGAAGAAUUUGCCUAAGCAUCCGAAUAUUGUGUCAUUGAGAGAUACUUAUGAGGAUGAACAGGCUGUUCAUAUUGUUAUGGAGCUUUGUGAAGGUGGGGAGUUGUUUGAUAGGAUUGUUGCGAGGGGUCAUUACACCGAAAGAGCUGCUGCAGUUGUCAUGCGGACCAUUGUUGAAGUUGUGCAGAUGUGUCAUAAAAACGGUGUUAUGCAUCGCGAUCUCAAGCCAGAGAACUUCCUUUUUGGAAAUAAGAAAGAAACGGCUCCAUUAAAGGCAAUUGAUUUUGGGUUAUCAGUGUUCUUCAAACCUGGUGAGCGGUUUAAUGAAAUCGUUGGAAGUCCGUAUUACAUGGCUCCAGAGGUCCUGAAAAGGAACUAUGGUCCGGAAGUUGAUGUUUGGAGUGCUGGGGUCAUUCUCUAUAUUUUACUUUGUGGUGUCCCACCUUUUUGGGCAGAAACCGAACAGGGGGUGGCACAGGCUAUCAUCCGAUCAGUAAUUGAUUUCAAGAGGGACCCUUGGCCUAUAGUGUCUGACAAUGCGAAGGAUCUUGUGAAGAAAAUGCUUGAUCCCGACCCCAAAAAGCGACUCACUGCUCAAGAAGUUCUUGAACAUCCGUGGUUACAAAAUGCCAAAAAGGCACCAAAUGUUUCAUUGGGUGAGACUGUGAAAGCAAGGCUAAAGCAGUUUUCUGUUAUGAACAAGCUGAAGAAAAGAGCUCUACGGGUUAUUGCUGAGCAUUUAUCAGUUGAGGAAGUGGCUGGAAUCAAAGAGGCAUUUGAAAUGAUGGAUACUGGCAAAAGAGGGAAGAUAAACCUUGACGAGCUUCGCGUUGGACUACAAAAACUAGGCCAGCAGAUUCCUGACCCUGAUCUUCAGAUACUUGUUGAAGCUGCUGAUCUUGACGGUGAUGGAACAUUGAAUUAUUCAGAGUUCGUGGCUGUUUCUGUCCAUCUUAAGAAGAUGGCCAAUGAUGAACACCUACACAAAGCUUUUUCAUUCUUUGAUAAAAACCAGAGCGGCUACAUAGAGAUUGAAGAGCUAAGAAAUGCACUUAAUGACGAUGACGAGACUAACGGUGAGGACGUUGUCAAUGCCAUAAUGCACGACGUGGACACAGACAAGGAUGGGCGCAUAAGCUACGAGGAGUUUGCAGCUAUGAUGAAGGCGGGUACAGAUUGGAGAAAAGCGUCGAGACAAUACUCACGAGAAAGAUUUAACAGUCUGAGUUUAAAGUUAAUGAGAGAUGGAUCAUUACAUCUAACUAACGAAGCUAGAUGAAUCACAAACCUUGGAAGCUGAUUUAUUUUGUGGAUUUGGAUGGAUAGAUACCGGGAAGAAAUUACUCUGAAAUUUUUUCUUUUUUCUUUCCCCAACUUGAAUAUGUUUUACUUGGUUAGAACAGACAUUUUGGGAUAGCCAGAAUUAGAAUGGAGGUCUAAAAAGGGUCUCUUGAAAUAUUUAUUUUUAUCUUUAGGGUGUCUGUUUUGGGGUAGUUGAUAUCAGAGAAGACCACCAAGUUGUAGAGAGGGAGAGAGAGAGAGGGGGGGUAAAAAAGAACAAGAACAUAGUGCUGGUUGAGGACCUCAAAAGUGUGUGAUUGUGUGUACAUAAUCAAUCAAUUAGGCCAACAAGUGAUUUCAUUUACUGUUGCAAUGUAAGAAUUUGGUUGAAUCUUACUCUUACAUUUAAUUUUUUAUUUUUCAA